AAACUCCUCCACAUUGCUGGCAUCAGGGCGACACUUCUCCUUUGUCUGUUCAUUCAUCCAUUGGGAGUCGUGUCGAGGCGCGUUGUGUAUGUCCUUUUUGCUUCUUUGUUCAGCAUUGUCCGGAUAGUUGUGCUUUUUCACCUUCACUUUGCAUCGCGUUGCAUAUUCAAUCCUCGAAUGAUCGAUUCUGUUUCUUCACGCUUCUGAUAGACUUGAGCGCAGUCUGUUGCUCGACAAUGGUGCUCCCUCCAGAAUCACCGCUGCCAUUGAGGCAACAUCAAGGCAAUAUUAAUCCCAAGACCCCGCCAGUUGGCAAGGCGGCCUUAUACUUUGACGACAUCGAGGACGACUAUGGCGGCGAUACUGUUCCUUGUUCCCCGUCCGCUCUCCUUGGCCGAACGACACAACCCACACAGAUCCUCUCGCGCCCACCGCUAUCAUUAGUGGGCUCCUCAUCCCCAGUCAGUGUCGUCGAGGUACCGGCUUCAUCUCCAUUUCAAAGAUCGUCUCCGGCACCUAUGAAGCCUCUGUCACGUCUAGCUCCCGCUGGGACAGUCUUCCGACCUCCGGCUAAGCGCCCAAAUACCACACCCACGAUAAGGUCUCCUCCUCCGAAGCGACAGGCGCAGAUCAUCGAGCUGAGCUCUGAUGAAGAAUCAGACAUUAGAUCUCCUAGGGCCGACAUUCGCCCGACCGAGUUCCGAAAACACAUUGCUUCCUUUGCAUUUACUCAGAAAACGACAAAACCUCCUGCUGAUCAGAUGAGAAAGCUGCUCAAGCAAAUAUAUGAUGUAUUUGGAACAAGAUUCUCCGCAGAACUGGUCCGAGAAGGGCUCGAGAUCUGCCUAUACGACUUGGAUAAUACUAUACAAUGGCUAGAGAGCAGUUCGGCCAAGAAACCUAAAGCAGCUCGCCCCUCAUCUACCAGCAACAAAACUCAAUCCACUCUACCUUUUGCAAAGUUAAAAAAGGAUAGCCCAGUAAAGCCAAAAAGAAGACGAUUGGUUCAAGGCCGCCGACAGCGAUCACCGACGCCCGAGGCCUCCUCUUCAGACGACAAGUCCGACGAAUCAGAUGACGAACCUGUUAUUAUUGAGGUCAAGGAGCUAGACAAUAGCAAACAAGACGAAUUUCGGGCUGAAAACUCCUCAGACGAAGAGAGCGAGGACGAGGCUGACGCUCUUCUCAAUUGUAUCAACACCAACACUGUGCAAGAGCUCGCCGCCAUGACCGGGUUAACAGAUGCAAUCAUUGAGCCAGUGAUAAGCCAGCGCCCUUUCAAGACAAUCAGUCAAGCACGGAAAAUCGCGGGCAAAAAGCUUGGCUACCGAUCUUCUUACAAGACCUCUGGUGAAGCGGUUAUCUCCCAAAUUAGCAAUUUCUUGGCGGCUGCACGCUCUGUUGAUGAAGUUAUUAGCUCCUGUGAGACCAAAGCUACACUUGUCAAAGGAGUCAUUGAAACCUGGGACAUUGAUAGCUUUGGCCACGAGAAGAGCAGCAACAGGGCGUCUCCAGAGAAGGAUUUGCCCAUGACACCAAGUAGUUUGGGAAUGUCGAGGUUCAAGAAGCCGCUUGCACCAAAACAGCCAUCUAUGAUGGAUGGAAACUGCGUCAUGAAGCCAUUUCAGCUGUAUGGGCUCAACUGGAUGCGAUUGCUGUAUAACUACGAUAUUGGCUGUAUUCUGGCUGACGAGAUGGGUCUAGGCAAGACUUGCCAGGUGAUUUCGCUUCUAUGCAACCUAGUCGAGACCUAUCAGCCUGGGAGUACAGAGCGACGACCGUGGCCCAAUCUCGUCGUUGUGCCUCCAAGCACGUACAACAACUGGCUGAUUGAGUUUGAAAAGUUUGCUCCACAACUAUCAGUUAUUGGCUACCGCGGCUCGCAAACUGAACGAGGCGAUAUUGCGUAUGAAGUCGCAAACAACAGCUCCGAGUAUCAUGUUGUUCUGGGAACGUAUUCUCAGAUUCAUUCCGAAAUGGACCUCGAGGCUAUGCAGUCGUUUGACCUGAACGCUGCUAUAUUUGAUGAGGGCCACAAGAUGAAGAACCCUGCCACAAAACUAUACAGAGACCUCAGCCGAAUUCGAUCUUCAUGGAAGAUGCUGUUAACUGGCACACCGGUUCAGAACAAUCUGAUGGAGAUGACAGCACUUCUUAGCUUCAUCAACCCUAAGAUGUUUGAUGGGCACAUUGAUCACAUCACACGAAUCUUUAGUCAAAAGAUUACAAUCAAGGAUGUAUCUUCGAACGGCGCCUUCCUAUACAGCGAGCGUGUGUCGCGAGCGAGAACAAUCUUGGAGCCCUUUAUUCUACAACGACGCAAAGAUCAGGUACUGUCCGACAUGCCUCCGAAAAUCACGAGCGUUGUUCAGUGCGACAUGGUUGGUAUGCAGGGAGAGUUUUACGAAUCAUACGAAGCGUUAUUCAGACAGUCGAGCGACGCCAGAAAGGCUGCACAGAAGGGAGCCCGAGGAUCGGAUCACAACAACGGUUGGAUGCAGAUGCGCAAAGCAGCGUUACACCCCAUGCUCUUCCGGCGCCACUUUACCGAUGCCAUUGUGGAAGAGAUGGCCAAAAUCCUCAUGGAUCGCCUCGACCAGUCAGAGCUGCAGCAGCCAAACAUUGAGCAUCUGAUUCAAGAGCUCAAGAACGCAUCUGACUUUGAGCUGCACCUGUGGUGCCGUGAUUACCCACGUCUCCUGAGGGAGUUUGACACUCCCGAGAGCCUGCUCUUUGAGAGUGGCAAAGUAAAGAUGCUGCUUGAGAUGAUUCGCAAGUACCAAAAAAACGGUGACCGCGUCCUGGUGUUUAGCAAAUUCUCCCGAGUGUUGGAGAUGCUCAGCGAAGUGCUUGCGAUACAGAACAUUGACUACCGCGUGCUGUCUGGCGCAACGGAUGUUUCAGAGCGCCAGGUGCUCAUUGACGAAUACAACAAUGACCCGUCGAUCCCGGUAUUCCUCCUCACGACUGGAGCGGGUGGCACAGGAAUCAACCUGACAUCAGCAAACAAGGUGAUUAUCUUCGAUAUGUCGGACAACCCGCAGGAAGAUAUCCAAGCUGAGAAUCGCGCUCAUCGUCUGGGGCAGACGCGGGAGGUCGAGAUUGUGCGGUUGCUUACGCGGGGUACCGUCGAAGAGCUGAUUUACAAGGCGUGCCUGAAGAAGAUUGAGCUUGCAGCACGAGUCACCGGAGGAGAGGGCGACGACGGCGAGGGAGGGGAGAUGAAGGGUGGAGAGAUGGAGCGGGAGGUUCGUAAGAUGAUGGGGAAGCAGUGAGUGAGUUGUGGUAGAGGGACCAUAUAGGCCUUUCUUGGUAUUGGCCACUUUCUUUUGCGGUUACCGGUGGUGGGUUAUUAUUAUUAUUUUACAACGGCAUUCUUAUGAAUUAUGAGAUAUCACAAAAUACAAGAGAUUUUAUUUUUCAUGUUAACAGAGUAUAGCUUUUGCUACUGAUGGGCGCGGCGGAGCUUCCGACUGUGUCAGCCAUUACUUACACGCCGCAAUGGUCUGUCUUCUUUUUUUUAUUUCCU